UCUACCUCUCUCUACCUCUCUUUCUCUUUCUCAUUUCCAGCUUAUCAUGAACCUGCUGUCUGGCUGCUGAACCCAGCGUCCCCCCUGUUGCCAUGACAACAGGUGAUUGCUGCCACCUCCCCGGCUCGCUCUGUGACUGCCCGGGCAGUGCCACCUUGUCCAAGUCCGUGGAAGAUUCGGACCUCGGGCGCCCCCAGUACGUCACCCAAGUCACGGCCAAGGACGGCCGACUGCUGUCGACCGUCAUCAAAGCCCUGGGCACGCAGAGUGAUGGUCCGAUCUGCCGAAUCUGCCACGAAGGUGGGAACGGGGAGGGCUUGCUUUCGCCCUGCGACUGCACCGGCACCUUGGGCGCCGUCCACAAGAGCUGCCUGGAGAAGUGGCUGUCUUCCUCCAACACCAGCUACUGCGAGCUUUGCCACACGGAGUUCAUGGUGGAAAGGCGGCCCCGGCCUCUGACGGAGUGGCUCAAGCAGCCCGGACCCCGCAACGAGAAGCGGACGCUGUUCUGCGACAUGGCCUGCUUCCUCUUCAUCACCCCGCUGGCGGCCAUCUCGGGCUGGCUCUGCCUGCGAGGCGCCCAGGACCACAUGCAGUUCAACAGCCACCUGGAGGCCAUCGGCCUCAUCGCCCUGACCAUCGCCCUCUUCACCAUCUACGUCCUCUGGACACUGGUCAGUGCUCACGGGCUCGGCUGGCACCACCUCGUGGUUUCCGAUGGCUGGCAGUUGCCCCCCUCGGGAAGGGCCUCGGCUUUCCCGCCUGCCAUUCCGAAGAGUUCCCGGGAAGGAAGCGCCAAAGCGCCAGUCUUGGCUACACUGGGCGGUUACCCCUCUUUGGCCGGGGUGGGCGUCCUUUUCUUGCCGUGGUGGGGCAGCAAGGGUCAGAGCUGA